CUCACACAUUAUGUUCCCUUUAAACUGCUAGCCAACGCGAUCAAGAAACGAUGAGGCGUAACACGAGUGGCGGCUUCGAUCUGCACCUUCCUUGUCUGCACCGAACGUGGCAAACGAAGGCAGUGAAGCAUAUCUAGAUCCGUGCUCCCCAGAUGCCCUGCCUUCGAUAAUAACUUCAAGAAAACCAUAAGGAUUCAGCAUAAGUCUUCCAAGCACAACUUCUAAAGUAUUCCCGGAUCCCUCAGAGCCUCACAUCCGCCUCUACGCCUCCCAAUGAACCUUCCCUCUCAACGUCGCGACCAAUCAAGUCUGGCGGUGCUGGUGACGUCACGACUCACGAAGCAGCAAUCACGAGUCGGAAUCAGAUAUGUGGUGCAUGGGAGCGUCGAGCAGGGUUGAAGCUUCUCUUGGCUCGCUAUCACCUCCGCCUGCGACCGCCACCACCACCACCACCACCUCAGUCAGUUCCCGGCUGGCUAUAUAUUAGGAAGGUUGUGUGCACGUUCCUGCCGAUACCUAGACCCGUCCUGAUUAACUGCAAACUAGGCCAGCGCUGUGAGCCGGGGGAGAAGGAACGCUUGGUGCAGCAGCAAUGAUUGACUUGUAGUUUGGAGGCGCUGCAGGACAAAGGUUAUUGCCGCCUAUACAGCAACUAUGUGGGAGGGGCCAGAUCCAUGAAGCUGGUUGUUACUUAACAUUCUGUGAUUGGGCAAAUGGCAUACCUCUGCUCUCACAGCAUCCUCUGGAUUUGACAAUGCUGUGUCCUCUGCACUGGAUGAGGACAUCUCUGUUCAAAUCAUCCUUGUUACAGUAUACUGAAUCCAGGUGCAGCCCCACAUCCAGCUCCACAGGCACCUUCAGCCUGUGGUAUUUCUGCAGCCACUUCCAGCGCCCCAACCAGCGGAUGCACCCCACCUAGCUUUUGCACCCAAUUCAGCUGCUCCACCACACCCAGCUGCUCCAUCACAGCCAGCUGCAGCACCUAACCCAGUUGCUGCACCCUACCCAACUGCUGCAUCCAAGGCAAGCAGAAGGCACAAACCUCCUGCCAAAUUCUGCAUGGUUCACAUUGACCCCUCUGCACCACAGCAGGGUUGGUAUCAGCAUGGAGCACCACUUCAUCCUCAAGAGGUGGUAGCUCCACUUCCAGCGCCCCAGCCAGCGGAUGCACCCCACCUAGCUUUUGCACCCAAUUCAGCUGCUCCACCACACCCAGCUGCUCCAUCACAGCCAGCUGCAGCACCUAACCCAGUUGCUGCACCCUGCCCAACUGCUGCAUCCAAGGCAAGCAGAAGGCACAAACCUCCUGCCAAAUUCUGCACCACAGCAGGAUUGGUAUCAGCAUGGAGCACCACUUCAUCCUCAAGAGGUGGUAGCUUGACUGCCCAGGGUCUGCUACAGCUGCCCAACUUCAUCCCAGAGAAGCUUCAUCUGUCCUCCCUUUCCUUCCCCUCCUCUGUAAGAUUCCUAACCUCCAAGUUGGGAUGAACCCUCUGCUCAGCAGAAAGAAAAAAGUGACUCCAUGUUAAUAGGCUAGCUGGGAGUGAUUGAUUUUGACUCGUCUUGAUACAUUUGGUUUGGAAUAUUUGACUAGUUUUACUCACAGAUAAGCUUUGCAAUUAAGUCCCCUUAUGAGAACUGCCACAAGCUUGAAAAACAGAACUUCUCAUCCCUUGCCUUUGCUUACCUUGCCUUCAGUUAACAUUAACCAUAUUGUCUACACAUUAAUGUCGGUGCUGAUUUAUCUUAUUUUAUUAUUUGUUUAAGACAGUGCAUUCAUGAUAAUGGAUAACUAGAAGAAAGAAAUGAUAUUAGAUUUGCUGAAGUGGCUUGCACCUCUCUCUCUCUCUCUCUCUCCUGUUGCAACACUCCCAUAUACUAAAUUGUGGCUUUGGUGAAGUGUGAUGUAGAAAUUCUGGAAGUAUAUAUGUAUAAGUUUUGGAAGUACAAAUCUACAUCAGGCUUGCCACACUUUUGCUUUGAAUAACAUUCCUUUCCUCUUGAAAUAAGACGAAAGAACUUCAGAGAAAGGAAGUUUUAGUUAAUUUCUUUAAUAUCUUCAUGCCCCAGGUCUCAUUCCUCCUUUGAGUUGGCUACCUCUUCAAAUUCAAUAUCUCUUGCUUCAUGGUAGUAUUUUACCACUUCCUACAUUAUGAUGAAAGGGACAAAUUGCAGCCCAUAAUAAGCCAGAAAUUCUUGCCUUGCUGCAACAUAAUUGAUCUCUCUCCUCUCAGCAUAUCUAGCCUGUUUACACAAGUCCCUAACCACAAAAAAUAUUGGUAGCUCCUUGGAUAAUCACUCACCAUACCACAGAUUGGUGCGAGAGACUGAUUGAAGAACUACUGAUAUAUUCAUGUGGUUGGGGACUACUAUACACAGGCUGGGUCUGCUGAGAGAUAGGAGGCUUAUUAUGGGUUUAUGGCAGUGAUUCUCAAACUGUGUGCCAUGUAAUUUUCAUAGAUAGGUAUACACUAAAUGUGACAGUAGAGUUGGUCCAAGAUAUAUCAUUAGUGCACCACUAAACAAAGACUGAGAACCUCUGGUCUGUGGUGUGGCAAGUUGUAAAGGAGACAGACCAAAGGAGCUAUUGAAAUUUUGUGUGGUUAGGGACUGAAUUCUGUAAAUAUAUAUAUAACACAGUAUGUCUGUCCACUAUAUAUAUAUUACACAAUCUCUACACAUUUUUAAGCACGCUGCUUCUCUCUCUCUCAUACAUCCCAAUGUGUAUCACCACCACAGUUUCUUUACAUACAGGAGCAUGCAGGCAGGCCCUCUUCAUUCUGUCAUGGAGAGUGGGGUGUGAGGAUUGAUGAUAAAUAAGCUUUAGAUUUAAUUGCCUUAAAUAAAUAUUAGCAUUGCUUUUUGCAAUGUUUCUUAAGGUUGCUGAGGAAGGUGGUGAUGAAUAAUACUAACAAUGUUUUCCAGGAGUGAUGGAGGAGCAUCAAGACCUGCAGAGCACUUGAGAAGAGAUAAGAAGCCUUGAGACUGAUGGAAGAGCACAGUUGCGUGGCAUUGGCUGUGAUUCAGAUACACACAAAAACCAUACCACACAAAUAUAUCAGGAACUCCAAAGAUGUGGAUUCUACAGCAUUGACCAAUGGAGUUACAACCUGCCUUUGAACUCCCUCAGUACCUCAAGACCACACGAAGCUGCAGGAUUGAAGUUUUGUCCCUGAAUUUGCUCGCCCAUGUGGUUUUGUCCUGUAGAGUAAAAAGCUUGUCAUUUUACUGAAAACACCACCACAGGCAAGGUGGAAAUGGUCUGCAGUAUCAUCCUUACUACACAGGGCAAAAAUGUGCAGCCAGGUAAAUUACUGGACAAAAGUUUGCAGCCUCGUGCAGCCUUGAAGUCUGAGGCAUUGCUAUCAUCACACUUUGUCAUUUGGAGCAGCUGAUGAGAGGAUGUGCUAUGGAGGAUGGAGUUGGAGCAAUGCACUUGUCAGAUCACACCUUCAUUUGCUGACAUUGUGGACUGUUCAGCAAGCAUAUCAGUUCAUGUAUUCUAACAUACUACCAGGCAGCAAAAAGAUUGUAUCCAGAGAGUUUUCUACCCUUAUGACAGGCCUGAUCCUUAUGUUUACACUCCAAGAAUCUCUCUCUCUAUUCUGCCAUGACUAUGGUUUGGUGAAGUGUGAUAAGUAAACAUAUUUGUUGCUUACUACUUUUUGGUCCGAGUAACAUUCCUCUUGAAAUAGAGAUAAGGAUGUUUCAGCUCAAUUCAGUAAUUAACUUCAUGGCCAAGUCUCCUCCUCCUUUGAGUUGAGAUCUCUUCAUAAACAGUCCCUUGGUCUGAGGUAGUAGCAUUGAGUCUCUUGUAGUAUAUGUUAAAAGGUGCAAUCUGUGCCUAGGCAGUCUUGGCUUGCUGAACAGCAGACUAUAGUAUCCAUGUAUCUGCAACAAUACAAGAAAUACCAGUUGUCCCUUAACUUGAUUAGUGUCACUGGUGUGGUGACACUGACCAAAGGAAAUGCUGAUAUUUUUGUGUGGUAGGGACUUGUGUAAACAGGCAGUGUGGUGAGUUGCAAGAGACAGACAGAGAGAUACUGAAACUUAGAGAUACUGAAACUUACAAGUAUAUUAUUGGGGUCAUGUUGUGUAUAUGUAGCAAAGAGCCACAGUAUGACCCCUAAUCAUAUUACACGCUAAUAUGUCUCUUGCUCACUCCACACUACAGAUGCCUCAGCAUCUUUACAUACCACACAGCUGACAAAUAAUAUAGCAGAAAAGAUGGAUUAUCUAUUAUUGGUACUAAGAUAUCCUAAGAUAUGGCUCUACUGUCUGCAACAAUAAAUUUUUCCCUAGACAUUACUCGUUACCUGGCUGCUAUUUUAAUAUAUGAUUCUCCUGAUUCUGAGGCUGACCACUGCAGUGACAACCAGUUUUGUUUGUCUGAAACUGGUUUUCUAGGCAGAGAUGGGUGCACGGCUGAGUGCCAGCCUAUCCUGGCUUAUCCACUUGCCAAGGUGGGCUCUACUAAACUGUAAACAUAUCACAGAUGUACCAAGUAAUGAAUGAUGUGAAUGCCUACGCUAACAUCAGUGGUUCUUAUGUAAUUUGAGGUUCUUUAUAAUAAACAUAUUUCUUA